AUUCUAAGUUAAUUUUUGAAUAAGGUGUGAGGUGGUCAGGAUGAGGUUUUUUGUUUGUUUGCUUGUUUGUUUUCACAGGGAUGUUCAUUCACUCAGGUAUCAUUUGUUGAAACAAUUAUUCUAUUUCCAUGCAUCUUUAUCAGAAAUUUACUGGACUUUUGUGUGGGUCUGCCUCUUAGGCCUUACUUUUACUGUAGUUAUACAGUGAACUCAGAAAAACUAAUUGCACUUUAUUCUUUAUUUUUUAAAAAUUAUCUGAAUUAUUGUGCUUCCUUUGCUAUUCCAAAUGAAUUUUCUAGUAAUAUCUCUAUCAGCAAGAACCAUGAUGAAUCUUGGUAUAGUGAUAUGAAAUCAAUGUAAGAAUUUGGAAGCAAUUGACAUCCUUACUAAAUAAACUUUCCAGUCUGUGAACAUGUUAUGUCUAUUUUGUUUAUCUCUGAUUUUGUUGCUCAGUGCUUUGUGGUUUUCAGCAUUGAGGUCUACAUGUUUGCUAGACUUUUAUAACUGCCUUAUUUAACUUUAUCCUGGCUUAUACAACCAAAGUAAUUCAGGAGUUGUUUUUUUUUUUUUUUUUAAGAUUCUAAAUACAAUUGAUUUCAAUUUGGGUGUUUUUGUGUCCUUGUUGAUAUUUAGGGGGAAAAAUUUGGUAGAAUUAUCUUGUGUUCUGAAGUUUGUUGGUCCUAUGAUAAUUUUUAUGCAUUCUUUGCAUUAUUCGGAUAAUCGUGUCGUCUGAAAAUAGAGACAACGUUAUCUCCUCCUUUCAUAGGCUGUGUUCUUUUUGUCUUCUUGCUUCAUUGCACUGGCUUGAAUUUUCAGCACAACAUUGAACGAAAGUGCUGCGACUGGACAUCCUUGUCUUGAUUCCUAAUCUCAGCAUGGCAGAUCUGAAGCUUCCAGAAAAUACAGAAGAUUGGACAAAACAAGAUGUAAACAAGUGGUUAGAAAGCCAUAAGAUUGACAAAAAACACAGGGAUACCUUGAUGGCACAAGAUGUGAAUGGAGCAGUCUUGAGGUUUUUAAAGAAAACACAUCUUGUUGACAUGGGCAUAACACAUGGACCAGCUAUCCAAAUAGAAGAACUAUUCAAAGAAUUGCAGAAAAAAGGCAAUAAACAUGCUCAUAAGAAACAAGAAUUGGUGCAAAAGGAAAACAGAGAUACUUCAAAGCAAAACCAAAAGAAAAACGAGAGCACAGAUGGGGCUAAGGCCUCUGCCAUGAGCCCAGAUGAGAAGGAUUCCAAGUCACUACAAAAUGAGCUCAUGGAAGAGCAAAGAGGAGACACAAAAGAAACACCACCACCCAUAGAACCAUCUUGCAGAGCACAUCCUUUUAAUAGAUUUGAUGAAUUAUGGAGAUAUAAAUCCAAUUUUAUUCUCCAACCUGAAACAGGACCACAGAACCUCAUUGAUCCAAUACAUGAAUUCAAAGCGCUUACAAAUACAGAAAAGGCCACAGAAGAGGAUGUGAAGAUGAAAUUCAGCAACGAAGUGUUUGAAUUUGCUUCAGCCUGUAUGAAUUCACGUACCAAUGGCACCAUUCACUUCGGAGUUAAAGACAAACCCCAUGGGCAAAUUGUUGGUGUGAAACUCGCCAAUAUUACCAAAAAUGCUCUCAUUGACCACUUUGAUAAGAUGAUAGAUAAAUAUUUUGAAGAGCAUCAAGUUCAACAAGCAAAGACUUGCAUACGAGGACCAAGAUUUGUGGAAGUUUUACUGCCGGAUGAUACUGUGUCUGACAGAUUUGUUAUCGAGGUAGAUGUCAUUCCGCAUUACUCUGUUUGUGGACAGGACUAUUUCCAGAUUAAAAAGCAAAUUUGCAACAACAAAACGUGGGAGCAGAGUUCAAAAUUCUCAGUCUUUGUGCGAGAUGGGGCCAGCAAUAAAAACAUGAUGAAAAAUAAAACAGACUUCAAAAUGUUUAAAUUAGAUUUAAAAACGCUAGCAGAGUCUAGGAAAGAGGCAGAAGACAAUUCCAUGACUAAAACAAAUAAUAAUAAUAACAGCGAAGGAUUGAAGUUGGUUGAACUGCUAACAGGAAACCGGGAUUUGUUAGAUAAUUCCUAUUAUGAUUGGUACAUUCUUGUAACAAACAAGUGUCAUCCGAGUCAAAUACAGUAUUUGGAUUUCCUAAGGGAACUUAAAUGGUUUGCUGUUUUGGAGUUUGAUCCUGAAUCUGAAAGCAAUGGAGCAGUCAAAGCUUUCAAAGAAAACAGACUAGCGAACCUUCACUUUCCAAGUCAAUACGUAGAUGGGAAAACCACACGAGAAGACAUGGUUGCCAAUCUGAAUCUCUACCAGCAACCCAGCUGGAUUUUCUGUAACGGCCGGUCAGACCUCAACAGUGAAAAAUAUAAACCCUUGGACCCAACUUCCUGGCAGAGAGAAAGAGCUUCCGAAGUCAGGAAACUGAUCUCCUUUCUUACACAUGAAGAGAUUAUGCCAAGAGGGAAAGUGUUGGUGGUAUUUUUACUACUUUCCCCUGUGGAUGACCCAAGGGAUCCCCUCAUUGAAACUUUCUGUGCAUUCUACCAAGAUCUCAAAGGGAUGGAAAAUAUACUAUGUAUGUGUGUGCAUCCAAAAAUAUGUCAAGGAUGGAAAGAUCUACUUGCAGUAAGAUUAACAGAGCAGCAAGAUGAACUUUCAAACCAGUGUAUCUCUACUUUAAGUCUUCAAGAAAUAAAUGGCACGAUUCUUAAGCUGAAAUCUGUGACUCAGUCUUCGAAUAGACUUCUGCCCUCUAGUGGCUCUUCCACUGUGCUUCUGAAGAAGGAAGAAGACACCAUGACUGCCCUGGAUAUUCUUUGUGUAAACGAAUGUGAAGGCACCCUUUUAGAGCAGGACAAGGACAGAAAGAAGUUCCAGGAAUUUAGGGCAUCCAAAGAGAAAGCUUUCUAUCGAGGCGGCAAAGUGUCAUGGUGGAAUUUCUAUUUUUCUUCCAAAAACUAUUCUUCAGCUUUUGUCAAAAGGGAUAAAUAUGAAAAACUUGAAAGAAUGAUUCAAGACUGGGCAGAUUCUUCCAGGCCGAUAUGUGUCAAAAUCAUCCACCUGUAUCACCAUCCUGGCUGUGGGGGCACCACCUUGGCCAUGCAUGUUCUCUGGGAACUAAGGGAGAAAUUCAGAUGUGCUGUACUGAAAAAUAAGACAUUGGAUUUUUCUGAAAUUGGAAAACAGGUGACCAACUUAAUAACAUAUGGCAAAACUAAUAAUCAGGAGUACUUACCUGUCCUACUGCUUGUUGACGAUUUUGAGGAACAGGACAACGUCUUCCUGCUGCAGUCCUCCAUUCAGACAGCUGUGGCCGAGAAGCACAUUCGAUAUGAAAAACCACUUGUGAUCAUCCUAAACUGCAUGAGGUCACAAAACCCUGAAAAAAGUGCCAAGUUCCCAGACAGCAUUGCCCUAAUCCACCAACUGUCCCCCAAAGAACAGAGAGCUUUUGAGUUUAAAUUGGAAAACAUAAAAACCGAAUACGAGAACUUUGAAGAUUUUUACUCUUUCAUGAUCCUGAAAGAAAAUUUUAAGAAAGAAUACAUUGAAAAUGUGGUCCGGAAUAUCUUGAAAGGGCAGGACCCCUCCACCAAGGAAGCCAAGCUGUUCUCUUUUCUGGCUCUUCUGAAUUCCUACGUGCCUGAUACCACCAUUUCACUGUCACAGUGUGAAAACUUCUUGGGAAUAGCAAAUAAGAAAGCUUUCUGGGGAACAGAGAAACUUGAAGAAAAGAUGGGCACGUAUUCAACAAUUCUCAUAAGAACCGAGGUGAUCGAAUGUGGGGUCUACUGUGGGGUGCGUAUCAUUCACCCUUUGAUUGCCAGCCUCUCCCUGGAAGAACUGAAGAACAGCUACGGCUUGGGGAAGAGUCAGAUGAUGCUGGAUAUGCUAACAGAAAAUUUGUUUUAUGAAACUGGGAUUGGGAAAAAUAAAUUUUUGCAAGAUGUGCAGACAUUGUUGCUUAUAAGACAUCGGAAUGAACAUGAAGAUGACAUAGGAAAUUGGUUCUCUCCGUUCAUUGAAGCCUUACAUAAAGAAGAAGGCAAUCAGGCAGUUCAAAAGGUAUUAGAAAGAAGUAUCCAGCGGUUCAACAAGAAUGCGUUCAUUUGCCAGGCCUUAGCUAGACAUUUCUACAUUAAAGAGAAGGACUUCGGCAACGCUCUGCAUUGGGCACAGGAAGCAAAAACUAUCGAACCCUUCAAUUCUUACAUCUCAGACACAGUGGGUCAGGUUUACAAAAGCAAAUUAAGAUGGUGUAUAGAGGAUAAGGCAAAAGGCAAGCACAUAUCCCCUGAGGAUCUAAUGGAACUCUUGCGUUUGGCAGUACAUGCCUCGGACGCAUUCAAGGAAUCCCAACGGCAAAGUGAAGACAAACAGACCGAGGAGAAAGAACGGUGGUGCCAGAGGUCCAAGAGGAGGUAUGACACUUACAACAUAGCCGGUUACCAGGGAGAGAUAGAAGUUGGAUUCUACACAAUCCAGAUUCUCCAGCUCAUUCCUUUUUUUGACAAAACAAAUGAACUAUCUAAAAAAGAUAUGAUCAAUUUUGUCUCAGGAAAUGCUGAUAUUCCGGGAGACUCAGACAAUGAAUUCAAAGCCACUCUCAAGAACUUCAUUCCUUAUCUGACCAAUUUGCAAUUUUCUUUGAAAAAGUCCUUUGAUUUUUUUGACGAUUACUUUGUCCUUCUAAAACCGAGGAACAACUUUAAGCAAAAUGAAGAGGCUAGAGCUCGGAGAAAAGUGGCUAUGUAUUUUAAAAAGUAUAUAGAUAUAUUUGGUCCCUCAAUGGAGAAAUCAAACAAAGUUCUCGGAUCAAAGCUUAGUUUAUCACUUCAAGUAGAGGAGUGCAGAAGAGGCCUGGCAGCUUUAAAAGCAGACAAAUUCUCUGGGCUCCUGGAAUAUCUUGUCAAAAGUCAAGAAGAUGCAGUAAGCACCAUGGAACAUAUAGUGACUCAAUAUACUUUUUUCUUUGAUAAAAGUAAUGAGAAAAUCCAACCAAAGGAAAAGCAGAAUUUCAUCUUGGCCAACAUCAUUCUCUCAUGCAUUAAACCUAACUCCAGGUUUGUGAAGUCAAUUAAAAAACUGAAAGAACAGCUUCGAGAAAUUUUGCAACAAGUAGGACUGACUUGCAGGUUUUCAGAACCCUAUUUCCUGGCCUUUCUUUUAUUCUGGCCAGAAAACCAACAACUAGAUCAAGAUUCUAAACAAAUGGAAAAGUACGCUCAGUCGUUGGAGAACUCCUUCAGGGGGCAGUACAAACAUAUGUUUCGUACCAAGCAACCCAUUGCAUAUUUCUUCCUUGGAAAAGGUAACAAUACGAACAGACUUGUCCACAAAGGAAAAAUUGAUCAAUGCUGUGAAAAGACACCUGACAUCAAUUCCUGGUGGCAAAGUGGAGAUGUAUGGAAAAACAAACAUGUCCAGGAACUUCUACUUCGUUUACAAGGUCGAGCUGAAAAUAACUGCUUAUAUAUAGAAUAUGGAGUCAGUGAAAAAAUCACAAUAUCCAUUACACCCGCUUUCUGGGGUCAACUCCGGAGUGGUAGAAGCAUAGAAAAGGUGUCUUUUUAUCUGGGGUUUUCCAUUGGAGGCCCACUUGCUUAUGAUAUUGAAAUUAUUUAAGAGCCUUAUCUUCUCGCCCCAGGAAUGAUGUCUGGUCUCAGUACUGACAGUUUUGUUUUUUUUCAAGAUCCAAGACCUAUGUUUUAAACUAGCAAAUUUCUAGAUGAAAGGCCCUGCAGCUUUUCAGGCCUGUCUAUAAAUAUUUAAGCUCUCCUGUGCAUGUUUUAGCUCCCUAAAUGUAUCUAGGAAGGAAUGUAGCAAUCUUCUUCCUAGGUGUGUAUACCACCAAGGACAAAACAGUGAAAACCAGGGAUGGAAUUAAAAGUGAAUGCAGUAAGUUAGCCAUCACAGAGCCUGCUGCUUUCCCCUCAUCACUCCAGCUGCACUUGGGCUCAAGAAGGCUGAGGCUACUUUCGUAUUGGAAGGGACAUUUUUUUCAGAACAGGAAAUAAUUAGCCUCUAGAUUUUACUCCCCAUUUGAAAAGAAAGGCACAGCAAUCAUGUUAACACCAGCACGAGAAUGCAAUCAACAAUAUUCAGAAACAAAGAACUCAAAAGACAAUCAAUACAACCAAAAAGGAGGUCGCAGGGGACCCCAAAGGGAAAGGGAACCCGCACCUGCAAGGAGGCCUGGGAGACUCACCAACCAAUUGCAGCACGUUGGCUUUGGAGCGUGACUUCCACAAAACAGUUCUUCAAGAAGACAUGAUUAGACAAUCAGAACUAUGCAAGAUCUUGAAUGGAUAGUUCAAACUCUUAAAGUUGAUUUGUUCCAUGAGACAAGACUACUGCCUCUUUGGUUAGGUUUUCAAGAGGAUGUUUUAAUUUCAGUUUUAUAUAUAUAUAUAUAUAUAUAUAUGCAAGUUUUUAUGAAUAAAGUUGUGAUGUUGGA